AUGCCUAAAACCAAUAAAGAUAUAGAGCAACAGAUUCAGCUAGCUCUCGAUUCUCUAUCUAAGCAGAUAAAGCCGAAUAUCUCGAAAACUACGCGAGAAUUCGCGCUAAAGCGUUUUCUUAAACGUAAUCCUAAGUACUAUGUACGACGCCGGCGAGCCCUUAAUAUCGAAAGGGCUAGUGCACUUAAUAAAACCGUGGUAGAGAGGCAUCUAAAAAAGAAGCUAUUUAAUGGAUCUAUCAUAAAUCGCGAGUCUAUCACGGUUUUAGAGGCUAUUUCGGCCGAUAGUUUUACCUACCCGCCACUUAUAAUCCUAAGUGAGGAUAAGUAUAUAGCUAUAACCGAUACUAGCUAUAUUAACGAUACCUUAGCAUAUUAA